ACUGAAAUAAAAACAAUAAUAAAUAAGUAUCUACAGGUACACAAAGCUAAACAUGCUUAUUCAAAACUAUGCCAAGUUAUCGUUUGAUUCACCUUGCUAUCUUAUCAGUAUCUAGCUAUUAUCAACGGGUGUGGGCAAUGGGACUUACUCAUUUCGGUGCAAGUACGAUUGUUUACAACGAAUUAGUUUUGUGAAGGUAAUGCUAUAAUGAGCUCAAUUUGGAGUGCGGGAACAAUUUCAAGCUGCGAAAGUGCCACAUGAUAAGAUGCGAAAUGUGAAACAAAAGGCAAGAGGACAUAGUUGUGUUUAGUAAAAUGGUGACUUGUGAGUUGGAUGAAGAGGUGUCUGGAGAAUUGCUUGGCUGGAAGCUGCCGGCAUGGCAGGCACUCUUAAUACACCGAGUGCUGCCCUCCUGCGGCGGUCUCUUAGUUUACAUGACUCUUAUAUGUUACGAUUUAACGCUACUUUCUGAACAUUUUAUCAACGGAAAUGAAGGUGUCGGAUCAUUUUGCGCCAUCCUCAUAACAUUACCGUCGUUGAUAUCUUUGGUGUUUACUUUGGCGUCACCUCCACCGGCACUGCAGACAGACCUGUCAGCAUUCACUGUGACACUGCAGAAGAAGGAGAUUCGAUGGCUUGUGAUGCAAUUCGUUAACGCGGUUUUCUUUCCUGUGGCUGCGGUUGGCAGGUACUGUUACCUUAUAUUCUGGUGGGUGGAAGCUGUAUGCGCGUCAAGAGUUGAAGAUGAAGAAAGAACACAGGAUGCUAUCAACAGAGCCCGUAAACCAUCACCCAUGGAACUGUACUUGUUUCUGCAGGCAUUCCUACACGCUGCCCCGCACUCAAUCCUUAACAUCAUCGAUUUAAUCACGCGAUACUCUGAUCUAACCUUCGACAAACUUUCAGUACAAGCUAUUAGCAUCAUCCUAUCCGCACUCCGGAUGGCGAGCACAGCUACAGUAUACAGAAGGUUUGAAAGGGAAAAAUUAAGCGGAAGAAAAUAUCCGUGGCGUUCUAAAUACGAACCUCUAGUCAAUAAAGAUGAAAACGAUGAUGAUAUUAAAACGAAAAACGAUGCAGGAAACAGAGAAGAACCUAUAUACGAAACAUUGACGAAGAAACAAUCGAUCCGAUCGAGUACUUCUAACGAUACUCAGUAUCCUACUGGUCCUAAUACAAAUAGUGAUUUGAUCCAGUUCACUCCAAGGAACACAGUUGAAAUGACGUCCGCUUUUUUUGAUAACGAAGUGAUGACGGAUUCUGACACGAGCUCCGAUUACCAGGUUCCUAAUUCCUCCUACAGAAGUCGACUGCCAACAGAGAUGAGCAGUGACGAUGAAUAUAUUACACCAAUUACAAUAAUCGACAAAGUGGCACCUCUCAGGCGGCCUUUGGAGGUCACAGUGGAAAGAGUAGAGAUUAUACCUCCACCAGUGAUGUUAGCACCGCGACCCGGGUCGUUUGCUGUGUGGGCGGAGAAGAUGGUAGAAAAUGCAGAGUCCAUUCCUAAUUGGCUAUCAGCUCCACCGAGAAGAAAGUACUGUGACGAAGUUGUUCUUGAUGAACCAGACAUUCCAAGGCGGGUGCCCAGGUCUUUCAUGCGAGGUUUAGAACCUCAGGAUGGAACAGCGGCGUUAGUCAACUUUUUAGGGUGGUACUCAUUUUUUGUGUCCCGGCUGCUAUCGAUUGCCUGCUUCAUAAACAGUUUCCCUGUUAUUGCGAUAAUAAUUCUGUUUUCUCAUUACCAAGCAAUGUUGUUGUUCCUCAUAGUGCCGCAAGCGAGUACGGUCAAGAGGGGGUUCUAUAUGUUCCUGGCAUUCAUAUACUUAUUCUGUUUGAUGGAGUUCAAGAUACGUUUCCGGCACGUGCGUGUGUGGCAUGUGUUUUGGAUUAUAGUUUGUACUAUAGAGACCAUUGUGUUUACUGGAGUGUGGGCCUCUACGGACAAUUACAUGUUCGAUUGGUGGAAAUACUUCUUAGUGAAGGUGAUUGUUGUCAGCACCUUGCUGAGUUACAUGUGUUUUCUUGUAUAUUUCAUCAUAUUACAGCCUAGAGAGACUGUCGUGUACAUAAAAAAUAAAAGUGAUACUAAAUAAACAAUAUAUAGAUUUAAAUCUAGUCGUAAAUGAAACCACCUAUAUAUUGUAACGAAUAGAACAGACCUGUAACGUGUAAUGUUUGUAAUAAAUGUUUUAAAGCUACGUUUAAUCAUUUAGAUUGUAGGGAACGUGUAAAGUUUGUCUGAUAACUUUUCACUGUCAUUCAGUCUUGUAUUCCCACUGCCUUUGGAUAACCGUUAGGUCAGCCGUCAGGUGCACCAAAGUCUACUUAUUACAAGUACUGUAGCAAGUACCAAGAGUAAGAGACAAUGAGUUGUGUUAUCGUUUGUCACAUUAUAUAAUUGUAUUUGUGACAUUGAAUUGACUAGAUUUCCAUAUACUUUCUACAUGUACAAACAUUAAUUUAGGUUAUUUAAGGAAGCUAGAACGGCACAACUUAGGUACAUAGAUAUUAUUUUAUAUUUAUUCCAACGACGGUUAUGAUUAAGCAUUAGGUACAAUGUAAGUUUAAUAAAUAAUGAGAAAUAAAAAAAAUAA